CAACCGUCGGAUUCAGUAAGCGAACGGCUCUCAACGGCCACGAACGUGUUUUUCGUUCUUCGGUUCCCGCGCAUGCAUAUAUAUAUAUACGUGAGAAUAUACGGGCGACAUAUAUAUAUGUAACUUAUCCGAGACUGACCCGCGAGAAACAACACACUCGUCGUCGGGAGUACGCAGUCGGUGAUCGGCGACCGCGACGACGUGACGACCAACAGUAGUCAGAUCGUUAACAACAACAGCAGCAACAACAGUAGCGACAACAUCAGCUACCGCGACACAGAUCCGCUUUUCGAAGUAUUUAAACUACAUCCGUCUAUACAUCGCAUCCAUCCCCGCGACUAAAAAAAGCAGCAUAAAAAAGAAAAUAAGGAAAAAAAAGUUCUUUCAUCCCGCUCUACAAAACCCCCCCCCCCCCCCCGUCAUUUCGGUUUCGGUCCUUCAUCUUCGUUCCCGCAACUGUGGCUUCAAUCAAUCAAACUGGAUUCCAACAAGCAGUACGUGUCGCGAUUACUUCGCGGCUACCGGAGGCUUAAGAAAUUAUUCAAGCGUGUGGCGAACCAGGCGCUUACCGUUUCGCCACAGCCGGCAGUAACGGUGGAGGGGCCGGUGUCCAAAAUGUCUCCACCGACGAACGACGUGAACAACGGUGUGGUAGCGUCUCCCAGCACCCUGGCGCCUCGGGUUCCACCGACCACGAACCCGUCCCUCACCAACCCACCGACGCACAAGCGUACCCCGAAGGACUUCAUCUUCGGCAAGGUGAUCGGCGAAGGAAGCUUCUCCACCGUUUACCUUGCCAAGGAUAUCCAUACCAGCAAGGAGUACGCGAUCAAGGUGUGCGAUAAGAGUCACAUAAUCAAGCAGAAGAAGACCGAGUACGUGAAGCGCGAGAAGGAGGUGCUGAACAUGCUCGCGGACGCCAAGCACUCGUUCGUGCGCCUGUUUUGCACCUUCCAAGACGCGGAGAGACUAUACUUUGUCAUGUCGUACGCUAAGAACGGCGAGCUCCUGCCACAUAUCAACAAGGUGGGCUCUUUCGACAUCGAAUGCACCAAGUUCUACUCGGCCGAGAUCCUACGCGGUCUCGAGUAUUUGCACGGGCUCGGUAUCAUUCACCGUGACCUCAAACCGGAGAACAUCCUGCUGGACGAGAAGAUGCACGUGCUCAUCACCGACUUCGGUUGCGCCAAGAUCCUCAAGGACGAUCCGGAGACGCCCGCGGACGCUCAGCAGCAGCCGCGUUUCAGGGAUCGCAGCGGCUCCUUCGUCGGUACCGCUCAGUAUGUGUCACCGGAGCUACUGACCAACAACAGGGUGAGCAGAGCGUCCGAUCUCUGGGCCCUGGGCUGUCUCGUCUACCAGAUGGUCGCCGGCCUGCCGCCCUUCCGCUCGAGAAGCGAGUAUCUGAUGUUCCAGAAGAUCCUGAAACUCGAGUACGAUAUACCGGACGGUUUCUGCGAGCUGGCCAGGUCGUUCGUCAAUCAGCUUCUCGUUCUGGAGCCGACGCAACGACUGGGCGCCCUGGACGAGCACGGCGCUGGUUACCCCAGCAUCCGAGCGCAUCCCUUCUUCGAGGGCGUUGAUUUCGAGACCCUUCACGAGCAGACACCGCCGCCGAUUUAUCCGUAUCUACCCGGCACGUCGGAACACGAGGAGCUGAGGUCGCAGUACAGGGUGCCCGAUAAUCUCGAGCCCGGUCUAGACCAGAAGCAACUCACCAGGCUCCUCUGGUUGGGCACCGAAGACAUCGAUGACGACAACGACACCACCGGCGCUGAGAAACGCGCUGUCAACGCGUUUUUCAACGAGAUCAUCGCGGCCACAGACAAGCCACUGAGGAGGUGUACCAAUAACAGACUCGACAGCGGCACCAACAUCGCCAAUUUGACCCCGGAACAGAUCAGGAUGCGGCUAGAGAAGCAGCGCACCACGAAUCAGUGGCAUCCUUUCGUCGAGGGCAAUCUCAUACUGAAACAGGGAUUUGUUAAUAAGAGGAAGGGCCUGUUCGCCAGGCGGAGAAUGCUCCUUCUUACCACCGGACCACACCUAUACUACGUCGAUCCUUUCAAUAAUGUGCUCAAGGGCGAGAUACCCUGGAGUCCAGAACUGAGGGUCGAGCCAAAGAAUUUCAAGAUCUUCUUCGUCCACACGCCAAACAGGACGUACUACCUCGAAGAUCCCGAGGGAUUCGCGUUGGAGUGGUGCAGAGCAAUCGAGGAGACGCGAGUUCACUGUUACGGCCUGCAGGAGAUGACCACCGCUUAAAAUGACAAUGGGAGAGAUCCAAAAGACAGAACAUGUAACGAGUGGUAAAGUCCGCGAGUGGCGAUCGCUAAGGCCGAAUCUAUUCCCGACGAGAAGAGAUUGCAAAUCGAUUGUUCACGUAUUAGCCCAUUGUAAAAAGUAGACUAGUAGACUUAUUCGCGCGCUCCGAAUCGCGCGCCUUGUACAGUAUAGGCAGAAAUUUAUUAGGCAAAAAUUCCGAAACGCGACCUCCGUCGUCGCGAGAAUCACGGUCGCGCGGUCUCCAUUAUCACUUACGUUCGCUAUUUAUUGACGAUCCUUUGGAGAGAGAUCGCAUUCAUCCGCGCGACAACCGCACAAUGUGUGCACGAAAAAAAAAGUAAAGACGGAGGAUUAGAGAAAUUUUUAGCCAAGGCUUCGGCUGUGUAUUCGCAGCGCCUGUUGCCGUGUGACGUAACUCGCGUGAGAUCGAGGUCGCCUCUGUGAAGCAAAGGAAAACAAAGUUCACGCACCCGUAAAUUUCGAUGUUUACAAUUCUCGCGAUAUGCAUAAUCCGGAUCCCACGCACAAGCACAAAUUUUCACACGAAUCGGCUUUUGGGGAAAAAAAGAAACUAAAACAAAACAAAACAAAAAUAAGAGACCGGAUCGUGUCCCAGGAAGGAUCUUCCCGUCCAGAGGCGUCCUUGGUCGCGCAAAACACGCUUCGCACGGCGCUAUUCUAGUACUUUAUUUCUAAGUAUAGUCCAAUUUACACACGCGAUGAAAACGCGAUGCGUAUCUAGGUGAAAUUAAAAUUAAAAGCCGCGCGCGGCCACAGUCGUGUAACGUGGCCGCGCCAGUUUAGACGUCAAUUUAGCCCGUGGUUAGCCAAAAAUAAAAGGGAAAAAAGGAACACGAAAAAUGCAGUGGAGGAUAACGAGAUACACUACGCAGCUUUAACGAAACCGUUUUACGUCGCCUGUAAAGGAUCCCCGGAAUAUCGCGACAUUCUGGGCGAUCUUUGCCCUCUUCGCGGUGUACAGACAGUAUUCCUCGUCACGUCGUUGAUCCCCCUUCCCCCCGCGUUCGUAUUCUCGUUCCCCUUUCGCGUAAAUAUUCUCUGUAAAUAUCAUAACGUUUCUACGAAGAGCAGGCCGCGUAAAAGCACACUUUGUAACAUAGUAGAUACGUAAGUAAAAGUAAAGGGAAAGUAUCCGUUGUCUUACCACAGCGUUUUUCGUCUCGCCGUUAAUUAACGCUUCUCGUCAUCUGGCCCUCGCGGACUCGAGCGUGCGAUCCAGUGAUUAGGUGGGAAAUAUCGAAGGAAAGGGGAGAGAUCGCACUCCAUCCCCGCACGUUCACACGAAGAGGAAGCGGUGGAGAAAAGGGGCAUAGGAAACGAGGAGAGCUUCGUUUUCCCUUCCGACAAAAGACUUUUACACGCCUGAGAAAGGACUCUAGACUAAUAUAGACUCGUUUGAUAGCUUUAAGAGGCGCUAUAGUAAAGUUCGCUUAGAGCGUUUUCGCCAAUUCGUUAAAGUCGUUGUCAUUAGUGCGAUUAUUAUUAUUCACGGUAUGAUUUAUAUAGCGUUCAAGCGAAAAUUAUUAUCGCCCGCGUAAUUAUUGCCGCGACAGGCGACGCGGCUACGAGUAUUACGAGUAUUCUAUUUUCCUCGCAUAUGUAUAAAUUAGGUAUUUAAUUAAACACGGCCUCGCGCUUCGUUAAUUUAUUUCUACUGUUACUUGCCUCUCGAAUUAUUUAUUCUUCGUUUUUUCUCUUGUUUUUUUUUCUCUCUUUUUAAAUAUCGCGCGUCGAGGACCGCAACGUUCGUACAUAGAGAUUACAGACUAGUUAACUAUCUCGCUACACCCGCUCUGCGACUAUGUAUUUACUAUAUAUUAUUAGAGAGUAUAGCGCUAUUACUACUAUUACUAUUACUACCGUCACCACUGCGUUGUUGCUACGUUACUGCGUACAUAUAUAUAUAUUAUAUAUAUUCUAUAUUAUACGUCAACUAUUGUCGUUAGACUUAGCUGUUUUUUAGGUAUACACGUUUACUGCGAAUACGUACUACCGCGUUGAUAAGGGAGGAAAAGAAAGAAUCAAGGCGCGAUUCGACCCGUGAUACCGCGAACGAGCCGUAGUCCGAUCUUGUAUAUAAAACUGUACAUUACUAAACAUAUGAGAAUAUUUAUAUAGGUAUAUUGUGCGGAAUAUAUAUAUAAAAUAUUUAUAUAAUGUGAAUAGUGCGUUAGUUAGGAGAAAGAAACUGUGUAUAAAUGUUCAUAGGGUAAAAAUCGCGUUUAGGUUUAAAUUCUCGUUGAUUCUCGGUACGGCUCGUUCGCGAUUCCGCCGACGAAAAGCUUUAUUGUUCUCUUUAUAUAUUUCUCUCUCUUUCUCUCGCAUGGCGCAGACAUAAACAGGGUAUUCGGGGGAUGGUCGCGGCAGUCGGUGGUUGGCGCGUGUUUCGUCGUGCGAUGUUCGAAAAAAUGGUGAUCCGUUCUUUUACGGAUCGGCAUUGUUCCUCGCUUGCCCAGUGGCUUUGCUCAAAAUGACCGCUUUUGGCAGGCCGCGUACGGUGCGGGCGGACGAGAAACGAAGAGCGGGCGAUCAACCACCGUCGGCGUCCCGGCCAGACUCCACUUUUUUCUUUUUCUAGUGAGAACCGAUCGCGGGAGAGAGAGAGAGAGCGAAAAUUACCCCCUUAGUUCGAAGUUCCGCUUCAGGUGAAUCGCGCCUCAAUAAUUUCGCAACGUAAUCUGUCUACCGUGAACGAAGCACAUGUGUCGUGAGAUUUUGGUAUAUAUAUAUAUGUAUGUAUGUAUGUGUAUAUAUAUAUACGCAUAUAUAUAUCUCGUUUCAUUAAUCGCGCGUGAAGUCAUACAUUAAAAAAAUAUAUUUUUCGAUAUAGGAACAAAUAAUAUAUUUCCGUGCAUGUGUAAAUAUAUCAUACGUCGACGUUGUGCUUCUUUUCCGGGGAGAGAGAGUACGCGUUUCAAGUUCCGAUCGCCGAUCUCGUAUCACACGUCGAAGUCUUUCUUGUUUUUUUUUCCUGUAUACGAGAUAGGGAGAACGGAUCGCGCGCGUCGUUUCCAUCAUGGAGAAACUUUGCAGAUCCCUAUGUUUUGUGCAGGCUUUGCAAACUUUCAGAUGUAAACGCGCGCGAGUCUUAGGGUUACACAACGGCGCGUUUCGAUUUUCCGAAAAAGGGGCAAAGGAGCGUUGUCGGACGCUCGUUCGUUCGUCCGGCACUAUUCCUGAGAUUCCUGCCGCCCUUCGGUCCGUGCGCUUCGGACCUUCCCCUCUCACUAUACUAUAUCAUAGCGAAAUAAUCGGAUUUGGACGUGACUUCGUAAAAGAGAAAUGCCCAGGCGCUACGUGACACUACGAGAAGAGACAACUAAUUUAACUAGGCUAGAAGUUUGUCAGAGGAGACGUAUACUUAAAUCGAAACUCUUACACCGUUACGAAAUCUUUUACGAUCUGCGAAACACGCAAGUAAAUAACAGCAGGGCCUUGCGAAUGUUCAGAUGCCUACUGUUUCGAUGCAGCAGAAACGUUUCAAACUAUUGAUUGCAGUAUUACUAAAUGUAUCAGAUUAAAUGUGACACACAUUCUAAUACACAACACACAUAUACACGUACACACAAAUACCGUCAAUAUACACUCGCGCAACCUACGAGAAGACUUUGUAAAUAGUUAGGAUAUAAUUGAUAUUAUAGGCGCCAAGAUGUAUUAAGGAUAACAUCAAAUUUAUUCAGAAUAAAUCUUCCGAAAUAUCGCAUAAA